AUGGAGGACCCCAAGAUCAAGGAGCUCCUCACCAAGUCGCGCGCCGAUCUCACGUACGAUUCAAGGCCUCCCCUCUCCGCCCCCCUCUCCGCCCCCCUCUGCGACGAAGCAGAAUCGCGUGCAGGCCAACGAGCUAACGAGAGCACUCUCUCCAGCGAGUACGAAAUUGCCCAACUCGAAGAGUACGAGUUCUCAGCCGGCCCCCUGUCCCUCCUGCAGACGGCCGUUCGCAACCGGGUUCAGGUGCUCAUCUCGAUCCGCAACAACCGCAAGCUUCUCGCGCGCGUCAAGGCCUUUGACCGCCAUUGCAACAUGAUUCUCGAAAACGUCAAGGAGAUGUGGACGGAAACGAGCAAGACGGAUGGUGGCAAGACCAAGUCGAUCAACAAGGACAGAUUCAUCAGCAAAAUGUUCCUGCGGGGCGAUAGCGUUAUUUUGGUGCUUCUGAGCUAA